AACCCACGGAAACCUGUGACAAUCUCACCCUCGUCCACCAACGGUCCAAACCCCUCGGUGAAACUACGAGCGACUCGCAAAUCCUCCCAAGAACUCGAUGGCCUGAUGUCUGAAACUUGAUUCUGCAAAUCGUCGAUCCGUCACCCUCAUACGUCGCCGGGCUGCCCGUCUGCCAAGAGCACAUUGCACAACACAGUCAAGCUUACCUCACUCUAUCUACCAAAGUCUUACUCGCUUGCGGCUUUGCAUCGUCACUCCGCUUACCUUACCUCACCGAACCCCUGUCGUCCAAUUGCUGCUUACGGUCUUACCCACGACGCUCGUCUCGGCGUCCUUGUCGUCUCGUCAACUUCUCAACCGGCGACAGCGGGGCAGAUAGCGUGUCAAAAGACGCAACUUCAGCUUGUUGCCAAUCUUUAACCUUAUUCAGGGUUUCUUGGCAGGCACAUUUCAUCCCUCCUUCCGACGACAAAGCCGGGUCUGGAAUUUGGGCAGAACACCAACGCCAGAGACAGAGCAGGCUGAAGUAUUGCUGCCGACUCUUCAAGGAAAACCUCCUGCCUCGGGUAAACCUCUGUCGAGGCUGCAGAUUGCGUCAGCAGAGGAAGCAAACGGACGGGCAUCAAGGCACUGCGAGAAACCAACCAGUGUUUCCAAGUCCGACAAGCAUCCUCGAAACACCCAGAGACUGAGGGAAACCACCCAUCAAGAUGGCCCCGACUAUCAUACAGUGGAUCCUGGAUACACGGCAUCUAUGGCCGGAAGCCACUGAAACGAAGCAACUCGAACAAGCCGCAUCCCGAGCUUUCGCACUCCUCAGCGCCGAUGAGCGUAAAGCCGUGCUAAAGUACUACCACGUUCGCGACGCGAAGCUGUCUCUGGGUUCGCACCUCCUGAAACGUUACGCCAUCAGUCGCUUCUGCGGCGUCCCCUGGCACGAUGCCACCGCCGUCCGCGACGAGCGCACCAAGCCCAUCUUCCGCACCGCUGACGGCACCAGCCCGCUGAGCUUCAACGUGAGCCAUCAGGCAGGGCUGGUCGCCAUGUUCGCGGUUCACAGCUACGAUGUCGCUGCGAGAGGCCCGGUCGACGUUGGUGUCGACAUUGUCUGCACCUCAGAGCGCCGCACCAGGGACCAUGGCAUGCUGACCAAGGAGGGCUGGCCCAAGUUCGUCGACGUCCACGCCGACGUGCUCUCGCCCAUUGAGGCCAACUUCCUUAAGUGGCAGGUCCUGGCGGCGAUCCCGCCGGGGUUGAAACCGGGCGCCUCGCUCGAGGACGCGGCCGACUUUAAGCUGCGGUGCUUCUACGCGCUGUGGUGUCUGCGGGAGGCGUACGUCAAGAUGACGGGCGAGGCGCUCCUCGCGCCCUGGCUGGGGGAUCUGCAGUUCAAAAAGUUCCGGCCGCCGACGCCUGCGGAGAGUUUUAGUGCCGAAGGCGAGGCGGUCGCGGAUCACGAUAUUGUGUUCAAGGGGGCCAAGGUGGAGGAUGCGAAUGUCUCCCUGAGGGCCCUGGGGCCGGAUUACAUGACUUGCUCUGCUGUCCGGACGCCGGAGCACAAGGAGGAUGGAUUGGCCUUCGAGCUGGGGCAGUACAAGAUGCUGGAUAUAGACGAGGUGCUCGCUUUCGGAGAGGAGCACCAAUAAUUCAUAGUUGCUUGUAUAUCUGGUCUUCUAUAGAUGUUUGUAGAUCUGUCUCAUGAUUGAGGCUGAUGACUUUU